GCCUGUUCUUGGAACCAUUAUCCUACUGAAGAGCUCAGACUGUAAGCAUUCUGUCUACAUUACUAACUCCAAGUUCUCUUGAUAUUAAUUGGAGAACCUGUAUGAUGUCUCUGUCAUUGCUACAAUACAGUAAAACUAUUCAUUUCCAUGCCGUGCACAGUAAAACCUGAAUAGAUUGUUAAUGUGCUUUUGUAUAUUAAAAUAAGAGAAAGUACAAAACUGUCCCUCUGUAGAAAAUCAACAUCCACACAGGAUCAGAAAAAAGAAAGAUCUAGAAACAGGCAUGGUCCAUUUUUAAAGCCUAUGUUUAGAGUUUCAACUGAGAGUGUAAGCAGUUUCACAUGAGCUUGUCCUUUUUGUCUCUUUGACAUUUCCUUUGCCCUUCUGUAUGUGGGUUGUUUAUGGCAACCUUCACCCCACUCUUCACCAGAAUUCAAGUAAACCUAACUAGGUUAUGUACUGUUUCUUUUUAUGGUGUAUGCUUUCUACCCCACCAUAUAAAACCCACUAGUGCUUCAGGUUGUUUUCUCUAAAACUGCAGCUCGUACUUGUACUGCAAAAUAUGAGCAGUUUCCUUGUGCUUAUAAAUAACCUCAACAUAGUGGCCCUGUUGCAGGUGUAGUAGUAAUUGCAGGAAGGAGUAAAAAGAUGAAUUACUUGUAAAACAGUUCAAUAAAUCAUAUAUAUCACACCAGAGAUGUGUUAUAUACUCAUUUUUAUAUCCCACUCCAUUCAUUGUUUUCCGUAUAUUCCUUUACCCAGAGCAUACCUUCCCUUUUUAAAAACAGAGGUACAUUUUUUCUGUUGCUGGUGGCAUCGUUGCUUGUUUCUCCUGCAGCUGUGCGCUGCUUCCUCUUUUCUCGAGAAAGCCCCACAAUCCAAUGAGGUCACCUCUGAACAUAUUUAGUGGUGUCCUGCCCACUUCUUGCCGUAUAUAUGUGCGUGAGGUCUUGUGCUCCUGCCAGAGUUGUUAGCAUCUGCCAAGACAGCAACAUGGCACAGGCCAGUCCUUUUUGUGGGGGGGUUUCCCUGCUUCACACUGCGGUUGAUGGGAAACACCACUAUAAAGUGAAGAAUGUUUUGACCCAUGCACAAAGUACUUUUGCCAGGAAGGGAGACAAAAUCCUGAUGAUAAAUGGUGUGAAAACUGAGGAUUUGCCCCCAGAGAAGUUUACCAGCAUGCUAAAGUCAGGAUCUCCCAUCCUGACUAUACACCAAGCAAGCAUUGACACAGGCAUAAACGAAUGCUUGGAGUCUGAUGCUAUCCAACCUUACCGCAAGGAGGAGAUCACCUUGCACUUCAAUAUGGCUAUGGUUAGAGAGGAGUGUCUGGAGGGAGAAGAAAAUGGAAUUGAUCCAGCUGUGUGUGAAUUGGAGAGCGACUGGGAGAAUGGGAGUGAAUGGGAGAGCAACAUUGAUGAUGAGGAACUGCUCCUUGUGUCCAUGAAUGAAACCAGCAUAGACUUUGUGAGCGAAGGGGGCUGUGAUCCUCAUGGGUGCAACCUCAGUGAAGUUGUUGUGACAGCUGAGACGUGCGACGUUACAUCAGUUGGCAGGGAAUACAUCAAGAAGUUUGCCAAAAAACAACACUGGAUAAGGCUUGUACAAGAGUUAAACCCACAAAAUUUCUUCUCAGCGAAAAUCACUAUCAACUACUACAUCUCAAAUAUACUACCAGAUCUUGGUAGAGGUGUCCCUGUUGUACUGAACUUCACUGGCUCUAAUACGUUCCUGAAAUGCACAUUGGAGAGUGGGAAAGUAGUGUUAAAAACUGAGUGCUGUGAUGAAAGACAGCUGCAGAAAAUCUGUAAGGAUAACGAGCAAACGUGGCCUUUUGUCUUCUACUUCACGACUGUGAAGGACAGCACACAACACUUCGAGUCAGCUGCACACAAAGGUUGGUUUAUCCAGACUACAUAUCCUAAAAUCCCUGUGGUUAUGGAAAAUAGAACAGAACAAAACAGUGGGAGCUUCUAUUUCGUCAUUUCCUCCAAGUCCUCCACAUCACUGUGAGGUCAUCUUUUUCCAAGAGAGUCAGUGCUAAUUCAACAUUCCAAUCCACAUGGGGCUCAGAGUUGAAUUUAAUUAAUUCUGUAAAUGUGAAUUGACUGAAAAUAUCACAGUUGUUAGUAUAAAUCAGGAGUAGCAAAGGGGUUGAAGUUUCCCUUUGACACUGACUUGUCAAAUACUUUAUAUUCGUCACAGAGUAAUAUUAACCUCACCAGUAUUAAUGAUUCUCACUUACUUUCAUUCAUUAUAAGAUACAGUGCCAUUUUUGGUGUAAAUAUUCUUUUUAAGCCACAGUUUGCAAGUUCUUUUUUGUUAAAACUGAAACAGGCUGCUUUGCUAAGUCAGGACAAAACAUGCUAAAAUAUGGUCUCCCUAUAAGCUCAAUUUAUUAAUUUAAAAUGAUAAAGACUUAAUGACAGUAGUAGAUCAUUAACAUCCCUAGAAGACACAACCUUCACCGAGUUUUAAGUGAGUUUUCAUUUGGAUCAUUUGUCCAGAGAGGUCCCCCAAACUUACAUAUCUUUAUCUUUUGAUAGAUAGAGAUCAAAAGGCACCUUCUACCCAAAGCUGGUUAAAAGCUGAGGUACAAAUUUUAACUGCCAUUGCAGAAACAAGUAGUUAUGUGUCAUACCACAAUUGAUUGGUUUUCAUUCCUUUGUUUAAUGAACGCUUCUUUCAUCUUUAUAAGCUUCUGUGCUCUUUGCUGUAAGCUACAACACUUCGCAUUUAUAAAACAAAUUUAUUCAGUAUGAAAAGUCACAUUACUUUUGUGCCAAUGUGCAGAAAUCUUCAUUUUGUUUUGAUACUACUAAAAUGAAAAAAAAAGUUUUUUUUCAAUAUCUAUAAUGCUGAUAAACAGAAUAUUUACAUAUAAUGUUUUUACACAAUUUAAGAAUUUUAUAUUGUCUUUAUUUUUAUAUAUAAAACUGCAGUGCAUUGUAAGAUUUUCACACAAAAAUAUCUUCAUUUGUUUAUGAAUGUUACAAUAGCUGUAGAUUUUCUUUCAGUUGCUGUAAUAAUUUCUUGGUAAUACUGUUUUUGUGGUGUGAGGGUUGGUAGUCUGUUUUUGGUCAGUUCAUUAAAAUCCUGUUUGCUCACUGUCGCUCUCUUUUUUUUGGUAUAUCCUCAGAUGCUUCAUUAUAUGGCUUUUCAGGCUCCUCAGGUUUCUUGUAUUGAUUAUAAAUUAGGUGGUUACAUUGUUGAAUUGUAUUAAACUAAAUUGUGAUGUUACAAGUGCUAUGUGUAUCCUUGUCAUUUUUGUACCUUCCAAUUGUUCUUGCUGUACUUUUUAAACAUUUUUUAAAUAAAAGUUUCAAACUCUAAAAAUGUGUCUGUGUUCAUGAA